AUCCGGGCUUCUGUUACUAGCGAGGGGAAGAUGGCGGCGGCAAGUGUGCUGCUUCCCGCAGAGUGGAUAAAGAACUGGGAGAAAUCAGGAAGAAGCGAAUUUUUGCAUUUGUGCCGGCUCCUUAGUGAAAAUAAAAGUGAUGAUAGUUCGACUUACAGAGAUUUCCAGCAAGCUCUCUAUGAGUUGUCAUAUCAUGUCGUUAAAGGAAAUCUAAAGCAUGAACAGGCAUCUAAUGUUCUUAAUGAUAUUAGUGAAUUUCGUGAGGAUAUGCCCUCCAUUCUUGCUGAUGUAUUCUGCAUCUUAGAUAUUGAGACAAAUUGUUUAGAAGAAAAAAGCAAGAGAGACUAUUUUACACAGUUGGUAUUAGCAUGUUUGUAUUUAGUUUCAGACACAGUUCUAAAAGAACGCCUGGACCCAGAGACACUGGAAUCAUUAGGGCUUAUUAAACAAUCACAGCAAUUCAAUCAAAAAUCAGUUAAAAUCAAGACAAAGCUCUUUUAUAAACAGCAAAAAUUCAAUUUGCUAAGAGAGGAGAAUGAAGGUUAUGCCAAGCUGAUUGCUGAGUUGGGGCAAGAUUUAUCUGGAAAUGCUACUAGUGAUUUAAUCUUAGAAAAUAUCAAAUCGUUAAUAGGAUGCUUUAACCUGGAUCCCAACAGAGUUUUGGAUGUUAUUUUAGAAGUAUUUGAAUGCAGACCAGAACACGAUGACUUCUUUAUAUCUUUAUUGGAAUCUUAUAUGAGUAUGUGUGAACCGCAAACACUGUGUCAUAUUCUUGGAUUCAAAUUCAAGUUUUACCAGGAACCAAAUGGUGAGACUCCGUGCUCUUUAUACAGAGUGGCAGCAGUACUUCUGCAGUUUAAUCUUAUUGACUUAGAUGAUCUCUAUGUACAUCUUCUUCCAGCUGAUAAUUGUAUUAUGGAUGAACAUAAACGGGAGAUUGUGGAAGCUAAGCAGAUUGUUAGAAAACUUACAAUGGUUGUAUUGUCUUCUGAAAAAUUGGAUGAACGAGAUAGAGAAAAGGACAAAGACGACGAGAAAGUAGAUAAGCCACCUGACAACCAAAAGCUUGGCUUAUUGGAAGCCUUGUUAAAGAUUGGUGAUUGGCAACAUGCCCAGAACAUUAUGGAUCAGAUGCCUCCCUACUAUGCAGCUUCGCAUAAGCUAAUAGCCCUUGCUAUUUGCAAGCUCAUUCACAUAACAAUCGAGCCUCUCUACCGAAGAGUUGGUGUUCCUAAAGGUGCUAAAGGCUCACCUGUUAAUGCUUUACAAAACAAGAAAGCACCCAAGCAAGCGGAGACGUACGAGGAUUUGAGGAGAGACGUGUUCAAUAUGUUCUGUUAUCUUGGUCCUCACCUUUCUCAUGAUCCCAUUUUAUUUGCCAAAGUUGUGCGCAUAGGCAAGUCGUUCAUGAAGGAGUUUCAGUCUGAUGGAAGCAAGCAAGAAGAUAAAGAAAAAACGGAAGUUAUCCUUAGCUGUUUGCUUAGCAUUACUGACCAAGUACUACUUCCGUCUCUUUCUUUGAUGGACUGCAAUGCAUGUAUGUCUGAAGAACUAUGGGGAAUGUUUAAAACAUUUCCUUAUCAGCAUAGGUAUCGUCUGUAUGGCCAGUGGAAGAAUGAAACUUAUAAUAGUCACCCGCUCUUAGUAAAAGUUAAAGCUCAAACAAUUGACAGAGCCAAAUAUAUCAUGAAGCGGCUAACCAAGGAAAAUGUGAAGCCUUCUGGAAGACAGAUUGGAAAGUUGAGCCACAGCAAUCCAACGAUUUUGUUUGAUUAUAUCUUGUCACAAAUACAGAAGUAUGAUAAUUUAAUAACACCUGUAGUAGAUUCAUUGAAAUACCUCACUUCAUUGAAUUAUGACGUCUUGGCCUAUUGUAUCAUUGAAGCUUUAGCCAACCCAGAAAAGGAGCGAAUGAAACAUGAUGACACAACCAUCUCAAACUGGCUGCAGAGCCUGGCUAGUUUUUGUGGCGCAGUCUUUCGUAAAUAUCCAAUUGAUCUUGCUGGCCUUCUUCAAUACGUGGCCAAUCAGCUAAAGGCAGGCAAAAGUUUUGACCUGCUUAUAUUAAAAGAAGUGGUACAAAAAAUGGCCGGAAUUGAAAUUACAGAGGAAAUGACAAUGGAGCAACUAGAGGCCAUGACUGGUGGAGAGCAACUAAAAGCUGAGGGUGGUUAUUUUGGCCAGAUCAGAAACACUAAAAAAUCUUCGCAAAGGUUAAAGGAUGCACUAUUGGACCAUGAUCUUGCUCUUCCUCUAUGUUUGCUUAUGGCCCAACAGAGGAAUGGUGUAAUCUUUCAAGAAGGUGGAGAGAAACAUUUGAAACUUGUUGGAAAGCUCUAUGACCAGUGCCAUGACACUCUGGUACAAUUUGGUGGGUUUUUAGCAUCUAACCUAAGCACAGAAGAUUAUAUAAAACGAGUGCCUUCAAUUGAUGUGCUGUGUAAUGAAUUUCACACACCCCACGAUGCAGCAUUUUUCCUGUCUAGGCCAAUGUAUGCACACCAUAUUUCGUCGAAGUAUGAUGAACUGAAAAAAUCAGAAAAGGGAAGUAAACAGCAACAUAAAGUGCAUAAGUACAUAACAUCGUGUGAGAUGGUGAUGGCUCCUGUCCACGAAGCAGUGGUCUCCUUACAUGUUUCCAAAGUCUGGGAUGAUAUCAGCCCUCAAUUCUAUGCUACGUUCUGGUCGUUGACGAUGUAUGACCUUGCAGUUCCACACACCAGCUAUGAACGAGAAGUUAAUAAACUUAAAAUCCAGAUGAAAGCAAUUGAUGACAAUCAGGAGAUGCCUCCAAAUAAAAAGAAAAAGGAGAAGGAACGCUGCACUGCCCUUCAAGACAAGCUUCUUGAAGAAGAGAAAAAACAGAUGGAACAUGUACAGAGAGUUCUACAGAGACUGAAACUGGAAAAGGACAACUGGCUUUUAGCAAAAUCUACCAAAAAUGAGACCAUCACAAAAUUUCUACAGCUGUGUAUAUUUCCUCGAUGUAUUUUUUCAGCAAUUGAUGCUGUUUACUGUGCUCGUUUUGUUGAAUUGGUACAUCAACAGAAAACUCCAAAUUUUUCCACACUUCUUUGCUAUGAUCGAGUUUUCUCUGACAUAAUUUAUACAGUUGCAAGCUGUACUGAAAAUGAAGCUAGUCGAUAUGGGAGAUUUCUUUGCUGCAUGUUAGAAACCGUGACCAGGUGGCACAGUGAUAGAGCCACAUAUGAAAAGGAAUGUGGAAACUACCCAGGAUUCCUUACCAUAUUACGGGCAACUGGAUUCGAUGGUGGAAAUAAAGCUGACCAAUUAGACUAUGAAAAUUUUCGACAUGUUGUACACAAAUGGCAUUACAAGCUAACCAAGGCAUCUGUACAUUGCCUUGAAACAGGCGAAUAUACUCACAUCAGGAAUAUCUUAAUUGUACUCACGAAAAUACUUCCUUGGUACCCAAAAGUUUUGAAUCUGGGUCAAGCGUUGGAGAGAAGAGUGCAUAAAAUCUGCCAAGAAGAGAAAGAGAAGAGGGCUGAUCUAUAUGCAUUGGCUAUGGGCUACUCUGGGCAGUUGAAAAGUAGAAAGUCAUACAUGAUACCAGAAAAUGAGUUUCAUCACAAAGAUCCCCCUCCGAGGAAUGCUGUCGCCAGUGUACAAAACGGGCCUGGUGGUGGGCCUUCUUCAUCGUCGAUAGGAAGUGCAUCUAAGUCGGAUGAAAGCAGUACCGAGGAGACUGAUAAAUCAAGGGAGAGAUCUCAAUGCGGUGUGAAAGCUGUUAAUAAAGCAUCUAGUGCCACCCCAAAAGGGAAUUCAACCAACGGGAACAGUAGCUCUAACAGCAGCAAAGCUGUUAAAGAAAAUGACAAAGAAAAAGGCAAAGAAAAAGAAAAAGAGAAAAAAGAAAAAACUCCAGCUACGACUCCAGAGGCCAGAGUACUUGGUAAAGAUGGGAAAGAAAAACCAAAGGAAGAGCGGCCAAAUAAGGAAGAGAAAGCAAGAGAGACCAAGGAGAGAACACCUAAAUCUGACAAAGAAAAAGAAAAAUUCAAGAAGGAAGAAAAAGCUAAAGAUGAGAAGUUUAAGACCGCUGUCCCCAAUGUAGAAGCAAAGUCGUGUCAAGAGCGAGAAAGAGAGAAGGAGCCGUCCAGAGAGAGAGAUAUAGCAAAGGAAAUGAAGUCAAAGGAAAACGUUAAAGGAGGAGAAAAAGCACCAGUGUCUGGGUCACUGAAGUCACCUGUUCCCAGAUCAGAUCUUCCAGAGCCUGAAAGGGAACAAAAACGCCGCAAAAUUGAUACUCAUCCUUCUCCAUCACAUUCCUCGGCAGUAAAGGACAGUCUCAUCGAACUCAAGGAGUCUUCAACAAAGCUCUACAUUAAUCAUACUCCUCCACCACUAUCCAAGAGUAAGGAGAGAGAAAUGGACAAGAAAGAUUUGGACAAGUCAAGGGAAAGAUCCAGAGAAAGAGAGAAAAAAGAUGAGAAGGACAGGAAAGAACGGAAAAGGGAUCACUCAAACAGUGACCGCGAAGUGCCACCGGACAUAACCAAGAGGCGUAAAGAGGAAAAUGGAACAAUGGGGGUAUCAAAACGCAAAAGUGAAAGUCCAUGCGACUCUCCUUACCCAAAUGAGAAAGACAAGGAAAAAAAUAAGUCAAAAUCUUCAGGCAAAGAAAAAAGUGGUGAUUCGUUUAAAUCUGAGAAGAUGGACAAAAUCUCUUCUGGUGGCAAAAAGGAAUCCAGACAUGAUAAAGAAAAGAUAGAAAAGAAAGAGAAAAGGGACAGUUCAGGGGGAAAGGAAGAGAAGAAACAUCAUAAGUCCUCAGAUAAACACAGAUAAUGAAGACUUUAAAUCAAGGGUGUGGACAGACCCCUAAGCUGAAGGUCUCCCAGAGGAGGAUGCCAAAGCUCAUGCGUCAUUCCAGAAUGAUGUCUCCCCUAUUUAAGAGCUUCUGGUGCUGUCCAUUUACUGGGAAAUCCUGCUUUAAGUCAGAAGAUGAAUACACACCAACCUCCUCUUGAUGAGACAUUCCAAAGUCACGGAUGUUCUGAACAUUGUUUCCACCUCCACAUAGUUUCUUGCAGCAAGGUCCCUGUGUUAUACAAUUUUUACUCAAGAUACGCUACCCAGAAGCAUCUAAUGAAAAUUUCACUGAGUUUUAGUUCUUCCUUCUUUCUUAGAAAGAGAGGAAAUUGCCUCCUGGAACCAGUUCCUUGAUGAUGUAGAUAGGUUGUCGCUUUGUGUGAACUCCUGUAAGUAGGAGAACAUUGGGAUGAUGAUAAUGCUCGAAGAUUUUGGCUUCUUGUCAAAAUUUUAAUUUCAUUUCCCUGAAAGGAUCUUUAUAUAUUUUAACAAUAGCAACAAUUUUAUCCUUCAGUGUUCCCUUAAUUAUGUUUUCACAAUUUCAGUUGCUUACUAAUUCUCCUAAAGUAACAUCUGCGUGACUGAGAAGCCGUUUCUUAUUGCCUAAUGAUGGCCCAUAUUGAUAGUCAUGUUCUUUAUUGGAGCGUUGACUUUUUUUUUUUCAAUUUAAAAUUUAAUAAGAUCACCAUUUUAAAAUGUGCAGUUCUGUGGCUUUUAGUACAUUCAUUAUGCUGUGCAAUCAUUGCCAUUGUCUAAUUCCAGAACAUUUCUGUCACUUUGAAAAGAAAGCCCAGAGCUGUCAGCCAUGCAUUUAAUUCUCUCCUUAUCCUAACCCCUGGUAUUCAUUGAUAUACUUGGUCUCUAUGGGUGUACCUAAUGUGGACAAUGCAUAUAUAUGGAAUCAUGGAAUAUGUGGCAUUUUGUAUCUGGGUUCUUUGACUUAGCAUCAUAUUUUCAAGGUUCAUACAUAUUGUAGCAUGUCAGUACUCCAUUCCUUUUUAAGGCUAAAUAAUAUUCCAUUGAGUGAAUGUGUACCAUAUUUUGUUUGUCCAUUCAUUAUUUGAUGGAUAGGAACAAUGACUUUUUAAGUGUUAAAAUUGUAAGUUCAACAUUAGUGUAUCUAUAAUUAUUAUUGAUAAUGUCAAGAUUAUACAUGGUGUGAACAGAAUACUGUGUAGAAAUAUGACAUGUAAAUUAUUUGUCAGCAUUUCAUAGAAGUGUGAUUUUCUAAGGCCCCUUCUAGCUCUGGUUUUAUGAACUAUGUGAAUGUAGUAUUUUCAUCAGUAAUGUAUUGAGCAUUUAUUUAAACUUUGAGAACAAUGUUAGGCAGAUAUGAAGCUAUUUGCCACAUAUUGUAAUGAUCAUGUUUUGCAUUGAUUUCGAUAUGCAGUAUUUGAAAAAUGUCAAUAAUACAUAAGGAAAGGAGUAUAAUUGAGUCAAUAUAUUUUUAAAACAAUUUUUAUAAUUUAGCAUACAUUGCAUCUUAAUAUGUCACUAUUGAAAUUGUCCUUAUGAAAAAUGUAAUGUCAUUUUUUUUGUUGAUCAUGUAAAAUUGAAUUUGUUACAUGUUCUGUUUAUUUUGGAUAAGCUGUGCUUACGCCUGAAAUGUUCUGGUUGCUGUGUCAUUUUUUGUCCUCACAGCUUUGUCUUCCCCAGCUCUUUGCUAGCUCUUCUCAUACACAUAAUAAGUUUACUACUUUUUGUUUUUUAAAAAGUCAUAAUGUGCUUUAUUUGUUUCUAAGAGUGGGCAAUAAGAAAAAAUGUGCAAAUAUUUUAUUUUUUGGGGGGCAUUCAAUCCUUUAUCAUUUUUGGAAGUUACUAAUUUUCCUUUCUUUCUUUGUUUCUUAAAGCCACUUACCUUUUUUUUCUCCUCUCUGUUCACCUCUGCCUUUUUUUGCUUCAUCCUUUCUCUUCUCCUUCCCACUCGUCCUUCCCUCCUUCCUUCGUUCUCUAUCAUUGUGAUCACUUUGUUUUUUUCAGGUGAUAUUGGAAAGAAAUUGUUCAUCUGUGACCAGAAAAUAAUUUUCCUGAGUAAAUUGCUGGGAAUUAUGAAUCGAAGAGAGCCCAUUUUCAUCUCCUUUAGUUAUUCAGUUAUCAGCUUUAUUGCUCUAUGCUGAAAAUAUAAAAUUGUUGAAUUGUGCAUUACUGUAAUUUAACUUGUUGCUUGGUUUCUACUUGUUUAUUUUCAGUAAUGGCUGAAAGUGUAAACUGUUUGAUAUUUUAGCACAAUGUGCUGCAUACAGUUUCCAACAAGCAAAUAAGGGUUACAUGUGUACAGAAUUUCACUUUUGGUUAAUUACAUAUUGCCUGGGUUUAAUUGUUCUUCGUACGCCCUACUCCCCUAUCUACUUCCUUUUUACUAUUUGAAAAAUAAAAAAAAAUUAUUGAA